AUGGAUAAAGUGCUGAUGGAGCUGUCCUUAGAUGAAGAGGAAGCUCCUUUUGAGAUGCCAGAUUUACUAGAAUUCUGUUCAACAGAAAGAAACAGAAGAAGCUUGAUUGGAAGAUUGCUCAAUCCGCCUUGUCAGAAUAUGGCUAGCUUAAUAUAUGAUAUGCCAAGGAAGUGGCAGAAAUUUGAUCGUGUAAGAGGAAUUGCGCUCUCCAAAGAACGGUUUCAGUUUAUUUUUCAAAACGAAUAUGAUUUGGAGGAUGUGCUGAGUAAGGGUAUUCAUACUUACAACGAAUGGUCUUUAGCGAUAGAGAGAUGGGUUGAACAACCUCCUCCAGACUAUCUUCAAUUUGUUCUGCUGUGGGUCCAGAUCAGUAAUAUCCCGGUUAAUUACUACACAUCGGAGGCGUUCACAGCUUUUGGAGAUUUGGUGGGGAAAGUUGUUACUGUGGCUUUUGAUCCUGACAAGCCGCAUAGUCGAGAAUAUGUUCGAGCUCAGAUUAUAUUCAACGUAGCAAAUCCCCCGAGGAAAUCCAAAAUAUUCAAUUUGAAAAAGGUGGUUCUGUGGAGAUUUCCUACUUCUAUGAAAGGGUUCAGAAAAGAUAUUAUCAUUGUCAAAGAAUGA